CAAAUUGUUACUAAGUUUUAAUUUAAGUUUGUUUCUGUUAAUAAUACGAAUAGUGUUAAAAAGUGUGCAGAUUGUUGACAUUGUGUGCGAUGUCCCGAAAACAACUAACCAUGAGCGCCUUUUUGGGUCUGGACGACGACAGCCAUAGCAAAAAAAAAACGUCUCAGCCUACAAAAACCGGAGCUGCAAAAAAAAGUGCUUUGGAGGCGAGAACACUCAAGGCAAAGUUUUAUAAUCCAAUUUAUCUUGAUUCGUCCUCAUCCGAUGAGGAGAACUCACAGAGUCAAUGCUCAAUUGCAGCCACAGCUCCCAGUCAAACAAAAAACCAGCCACUGGAUAAAGAAGGGCAUGCCAAUUCAAAUAUUAAGCGAUAUAGCUUUAAAAGCAUACUUCAGUCGCCACUUGCGCCUCUUGCUACAUCAGUUAAGAGCACUGCCACAACAUCGACAAGGACAAAAGUCAAUUUUGAUAAUAUUGAUGAAAUACUAAAGCAAGACUCCACUUAUCAGGCAACAUUAUCAAAGCUAAAUGGACACAUAAACAAGUUGUCGGCUUCACCACGCAAAACGGUGUCUUUAACACCUCCGGUUGUAACGCCAAAAUUGAGUACUUCUAGCGCCAGUAGCAACUUUGACGAUAGUUUUGAUACAAUGGUAAAGAAACAUAUAAAAAAAGAGUCGCCGUGCGAUAAACAGCCAGUUGUCAAGAAUGAGCUUACAUUUUCAAAUGAAUUAGGCGAUAGCUUUGAAAAAUCGUUUCAAGAAUCACUUCAAGAUGAGCCAUUGUCCGCUACCUCAACGCAGGCCAAUACAAAAAAAUCUUCAGCUCCUACUAGUUUUUCCAACAGUAGAACUAGCUGUACUGCCAGCGCUGAGGAUAUAGCACGAUCCGUGCCUCAUGUAGAUCCUUUCAGUACCAAGACUGAUGAUCAAUUAAAAAAAUCAAUAAAAUUGGAGCCGUUAAGUACAACAACUGCAACAGAGCAGUCUCCAUCAUCGAUAGCAACAACAAAACCGAAAUUUAAGAUUGUCUUUGAUAAUACACUGGCAGAUUUUCUGCGUGACAUGGGUCAAUAUGAUAUCAGCCUGACCAAGACUGAUAUUGUGCAGCAAAACGAGUCAGAGCUGCGCAGCAACAUAGCCAUGUACAGAUCCAAAUAUGUGGAGCUAAUGGAAAAAUAUUGUGAGAUUAUAGAUCAAAUACCAGCGGUGCAUUUUAAUGAUAUAGAAGGCUUCGAGGCCAAUACCUUUCUCAAAUUAAAGGUUAUGCGGCAAAAGUUCAAAGCGCGCAGUAAAGUGUUGGAAAAGCAAGUGGUCAUGGCGUCACAUUGUAGCGACACAUCUACACAGGAACAAGGGGAGCUGUCAGAACGAGAAUUGCAAGCUGAACUGCAAGUUGAGGAGUGUACUGCCAAACAAAGUUACGAAAAUGGUGCGCCCGAGGACGAGGAUGAUCUGAUUCCUAACGAGGAGAAUUCAGAAGAAGAUAAUUAUUUGGCGCAUAGUAUGCUGCUAGAUGAGGAUGAACUCUACGUCACAACAGAACAGAACAGUAAGCCUGCAGCUGUAGGCAUAACAGCAACACCUUUUGUAGAGUCUGACGAUGACUUUGAAGAGACCAUGAGACAAAUAGAGGAAGAACAAGCGGCGCUUAAGGGACGCAAAUCGGAGUACAAUAAUUUUAGCUAUGCCGAUUUUGAGGCUGUUAAAAAGACGGAGGAAGCUGCAACGGUAGCUUUAAUGGAUGAUGAUGGUUUUCCAGAGUAUGAUGCUGCGCUAUUUGAGCAAGCACAUGCACAGGCAGCGUCGGCAUCGUCAACAUCAACAACACCGGUCACUUGCAUUGACUUGACUGAUGAGUUUGCAGCUGGAACUAGUAGUAGUAGCACCAUCUCCAAGAAAGCAUCAACUGGUGCACAACAGAUUACGGGCAAUUUCCAUUCAAAUGUGCAUAAUGAUGGUACCACAGGCGAGUUUGAUGGUCAGCGGUUUGAGCAUUCGACACGUUUAAUGCAGGCGCUUAGCUUUAGUUUUGGCCUAAAAAGCUUUCGGCCCAAUCAAUUGCAAGUUAUUAAUGCUGCACUUCUGGGCAACGAUUGUUUUGUUCUAAUGCCCACUGGAGGCGGCAAGUCGCUUUGCUAUCAACUACCUGCUAUACUAACUGAGGGUGUUACAAUCGUAAUCAGUCCCCUCAAGUCAUUGAUCUUUGAUCAGGUCAGCAAACUGUCCUCGCUCGAUAUCUGUGCGAAGAGCAUGUCUGGUGAACAAACCGUGGAUGAUGCCAUUAGUAUUUAUAGGGACUUGGAGCGUCAUCCUCCGCUGUUGAAAUUGUUGUAUGUGACUCCCGAGAAGAUAUCAAGCUCUCCGCGCUUUCAGGACGCUCUGGACGCCUUGAAUGCAAAUAGUUACAUUAGUCGUUUUAUUAUCGAUGAGGCGCACUGCGUUUCACAGUGGGGACAUGACUUUAGACCCGAUUACAAGAAGCUGGGCAUAUUACGCAAACGUUUUCCCAACGUGCCCACAAUGGCAUUGACGGCGACAGCAACGCCACGCGUGCGGCAGGACAUACUACAACAGCUAAAUCUAACGCGCUGUAAAUGGUUUUUAUCUAGUUUCAAUCGGAGCAAUUUGCGCUAUCAGGUGUUGCCCAAAAGAGGUGUCUCCACGCUGGAGGACAUUAGCAGCUUUAUACGCACACGGCCUCCUACAGCCAGCGGUAUUAUUUACUGUUUGUCGCGUAAAGAGUGCGAUGAAGUGGCCAAAAAAAUGUGCACCGCAGGCAUUCGUGCCGCUGCCUAUCAUGCUGGCCUCACAGAUACAAUGCGUGAGUCGCGUCAAAAGGAUUGGAUAACGAACAAGGUGCGUGUCAUCUGCGCCACAAUUGCCUUUGGAAUGGGUAUUGAUAAGCCCGAUGUGCGUUUUGUCCUCCACUACUCGCUGCCCAAGUCCAUUGAGGGCUACUAUCAGGAAGCGGGUCGCGCUGGCCGCGACGGCGAAAUUGCUGAUUGCAUACUCUACUACAACUACAGUGACAUGCAACGCCUCAAGAAAAUGAUGGAUGGUGAUCGCGCGCUGCAAUAUCAUGUGAAAAAGAUACACAUUGACAAUCUGCAUCGCAUUGUAGGUUAUUGUGAGAACAUUACCGAUUGCCGGCGUGCCCAGCAGCUAGAUUACUUUGGUGAGCAUUUUACCAGUGAGGAGUGCCUACAGAACCGCCGCACUGCUUGUGACAAUUGCUUAAAGAAGCGCGAAUUUAAGCAGGUCAAUGUGCUGGAGCAGUGUCGCAAGGUGGCCUGUGCUGUGCGCGAUCUUUGCAGUGGCUCGCGUUUUACGCUGCUACAUUUGGCGGAUGUGCUUAAGGGUUCAAUGAUUAAGAAAAUUGUGGACUUUGGCCAUAACAAGACGGUGCAUCAUGGUGCGCUUAAGGAUUGGGAUAAAUCCGAUGUUCAACGAUUGCUGCGUCAUAUGGUUAUCAAGGGAUAUCUUAAGGAAGACCUCAUCUUUACCAAGGACAUACCGCAGGCAUACCUUUAUCUGGGCAACAAUAUAACAGCGUUAAUGGAGGGCACGCCAAUAGUUGAGUUUGCUCUCACACGCAAAGACGCCGGCCCAGCGAAGUCUGUGGCCACCGUUAACGAAUCCGAUGCAGCGGGUAAAAGCGAUUUACGUCAUCUGCACGAUCGCUGCUAUGGGGAAUUACUCGAUUUAUGUCGUACUAUUGCGGCUGCAAGAAAUGUUACCAUGGCUAGCAUUAUGAACAUGCAGGCGCUCAAGGCUAUGGCCGAAGAGCUACCCACCAAUGAGCAAGAAAUGUGCGCCAUACCACAUGUUACAAAAGCUAAUUUUGACAAGUAUGGCGCAAAGCUAUUAGAAAUCACUACCGGCUAUGCCACCGAGAAGGAAUGUCUGCAAGUUCUUCGCGACAUGGAGGCGGAGGAGACAGCAGCUGCUUCUGCGCCUAAGCCAACGUCUGUGCCGACCAGAAGUUCAAGCGCCGGUUGGGGAACUGACGACUGGGGUGCUGCAGCUGCUUCACAACAUUCGGGAAGCGCUGCUUCGUCCGCACGUGGUGGUAAACGCAAACGUGCAUGGCGUGGUCGCGCCACUGGCGCUUCUGCUGCUGCUACUGCCAAACGCUAUAAAACAAAUGCCUGCGCAUCUCCUGCAGCGGCGCGAGGUAAGACUGCGCCCAGAAGCAGUCGAGGUGGAGCUGCUGCAGCAGGUAAACGAGGUGCUGGCACGGCCAGCAGUUGGCUGGGUAAAAAGACGGGCACUAGCAGUGGAUUUCAAUUAAUGCCAAUGCCCGGUUCUCGGUAGCUACUUUAUAAAACAAUA